AUGUCACGAUAUUGUUUAAACUGCAGGAAAUCAUCUCAGUCAGUACAGAGUUCCGUAAGUGGUAGUGCGAUAACAGUUUCAACUGCGGCAAAUUUAUCUCAAGCGCCAACAUCAACUGUUAUGGUAACAAAUGUACAACGACGUGCCUCGCAAGGUUCAUCAAGUUCGUCUAACGGUUCUUCACUUCCUCCCGGAGUUUAUUCUACAACCUCCGCCAAUAAUGCUUGCUCUACGAGUAGUCCUGUUCGACCUGCACCUGCUAUACCUCUUCAAAAUUCAUCUACUUCACUUCCUGCUACUUCCCUUAAUGUUGCAACCGUGUCUUCAAAUGCACCACCAGCACCUCCACCCCCACCUCCUUCGUCAUCACUGUCGUUAAGCAAGGGCACUGGAAGUUCUAUCUCGGAUCAGUUAAAAAAAGUGCAACUUCGAAAAGUUAAUCCUCCGUCAUCUGCAAAUUCAGCACUUUCAGGAAGCAGUAAUUUAUUGUCAGAGCUUGAAGCAACUCUCAGUAAACGUAAAAAUCAGUGUGAUAACAGUGAUGCACGUUCAGUUGGCAGCGACACAACACCAUCGACAACAAAUAGUCUCAGCAACGGUGCUUUGCGUCGUCCGUGGGAAAAACAAGUUAAUGGCAAUGGAAACUUCUCUGAUUCUCCUAAAGUGCAACGAAAUGUACUGAACUUCAGAUUACCAAGUUCUACCUUGCUAAAUCAAGAUGAGUUGAGGUCAACCUGUGGAACAACAACUACUAUUAAUAAUGUUGUAACUCUUGAAAUGCUCGAUAAAUGGAAGGAUGAUAUUUUAAAUGAAGUGAGACAAGAAUUUAAGAAAGCUAAAAGUGAAAUUAUUGAAGUUUUACGCUGCGAAUUACGUUUGCAAAAAAGGUAG